CUCAGAUUGGUCGCCGUCUCGUCAAUCAAAAAAACCCCAAAACUGUUGCUAUCGGCUCUCCAGUCGCCUGACAACUGCGUGGAGGUUAGAGCCUGGAGAAGCGAUGUGGAUGCUCACCGCGGAGGACUGAGCAGCUUUGAAGGCAAGAAAUUAAUGCGAGUGUGCGCUUAGAGGAAACAUGCGGGAUAUUUCGUGGCCCACACUGAUUGGACCACACGGUGCCAUGCUGCCUCAUUCCCUGUAACCCAGACGACAACCAACUUGCUUCUUAAACUCCGUCUCUCCUGGCCAGCGGCCAUUUGUCUUGAUGAGGACCCCUGCCAUUGGUGAUGUGAUGAACAAGUUUGAGGUGCUUGGCAUCGUGGGGGAAGGAGCAUAUGGGGUCGUGCUCAAGUGUAGACACAAGGAGACUAAUGAAAUCGUGGCCAUUAAGAAGUUCAAGGACAGUGAAGAGAAUGAGGAGGUGAAGGAGACAACCCUGCGGGAGCUGAAGAUGCUCCGCACGCUGAAGCAGGAGAACAUUGUGGAGCUGAAGGAGGCUUUCCGGCGGCGGGGGAAACUCUACCUGGUGUUCGAGUAUGUGGAAAAGAACAUGCUGGAGCUGCUGGAAGAGCUGCCAAACGGAGCACCGCCCGACAAAGUGAGGAACUACACCUACCAGCUAAUCAAAGCCAUCCACUGGUGCCAUAAGAAUGACAUCGUGCAUAGGGAUAUUAAGCCAGAGAACCUCCUCAUCAGCUCGGAUGAUGUGCUCAAGCUGUGUGAUUUUGGUUUUGCUCGUGACCUCUCGGAAGGAAAUGACGCUAACUACACUGAGUAUGUGGCCACCAGGUGGUACCGCUCACCUGAACUACUGCUGGGAGCUCCGUAUGGGAAGGCGGUGGACAUGUGGUCGGUGGGGUGUAUUCUGGGCGAGCUGAGUGAUGGGCAGCCUUUGUUUCCGGGAGAGAGUGAGAUCGAUCAGCUCUUUACCAUCCAGAAGGUCCUGGGUCCUCUCCCUCCAGAGCAGAUGAAGCUUUUCUACAGCAACCCUCGCUUCCACGGACUACGGUUCCCCACAGUGAGCCACCCGCAGACUCUGGAGAGGAGAUACCUCGGCAUCAUCAAUGGCCCCAUGCUGGACCUAAUGAAGAACCUGCUGCUUUUGAACCCAAAUGAACGUUUUCUGACGGAACAGAGUCUGAAUCACCCCGCAUUCCAGACGCAGUGCCACGGGGAGCGGGCUGGUCCACCCACGCCCACACCCAUACGUUCCUCCAAGAGAAAACCCCACCAUGACCCCACUGCCCUUAGCAGCAGGAGUCACGGUGGCAAGAGCUCAGGGCACCAUCGUUCAAACAGCCGGGACUGUUCAAGCCUGCCGCGCCACGGUCAUGAUGACCUGCAUCCGACGAGUGCUGAGGCCUUUUUGAAUGGUGCCGGGCCAGCCUCCAGCAGCCUGAGCCCCACGCUGCACCCCAAGAGCUACCAGACCCCCCAGCCCCUCAACCGCUCUGCGUCAUGUGGGAAAGACCUGUCCAACCUGCCGCAUUCUGGCCUCAGCCCCAAGAAGGGCAAAGCAAAAGCAGCCGACUUUGACUUCGGUAAGCCUUCGGACGGCCCCGGCGCUAAAUACCUCAAGUCCAAUGCUUCUCGCCACUCCCAGAACCGCCACUCUUUCGUCGAGGGAAAGACCAAUACAUUGCAGGGGGAGAGGGAGAAACACAGUCGUCAUGGUUAUGGCGAGUCCUCAAGUGGUAAGGGCUCAUCAUCCUUCAUGAGUUUGUCCAAGAGCCAUGGAACCUUGAGCGAUGCCAAGUCUGUCAGCAACCUGAGCGACCCACGUCUGCUCCAGGAUGAGCCAACUCUCCCCUCAACCCGUUACUUCCCCUCCAGCUGUCUGGACCUGAACGUCAACCUGAACCUACCGGCGCCAGGCAGCCCCAACCUUCGCCACAGCCCCUCAGCCGGAGGUCGAACCAAGCCAGAGUCCUCACUGCGCCGCUCCUCCUCACGCCACAAAGGCCAGCAGCAGGAUGAAGGCAAAGCAACAGACCCCUUAGACCCUGGAGGAGGAGGCGGGGGAGGUGGAGGACUUUCAGCCGCUCACGACUUUCCCUAUGGCUUGGGCUACACCAGUCCAUUCUCGUCCCAGCAGCGCCCCCACAGGCACUCCAUGUACGUUCGACGUGAACGCGGGCGGCCCCACGGAGGGGACUCAGGGGGUCUGGCCGUGGGGCAGGGAAUGCCUACUCGCGCCAGUAGUCUGCAGAUGCUCUCACCACAGCUGCAGCACCGCACGCUGCCUAGGCAUGUGGGCGGAUCUGGCUCCCGGGAUGAGGCCCCUGAGGACAUCAGGGCAGCCAUAUAUCAUGAGCAGCAUCCGGAGGACGCAGGAUCAUCUAAGGAAAACCGCAUGAUCUACAGUGAGUCCAUGCCACGCCGAGUUGGUAGCUUCUACAGAGUGCCCUCUCCUAGACCUGACAAUGCUUUCCAUGAGGGCAGCGGGCAGGGCAUGAGCUCAGGGAUGAACAUGGAAAGCAGCAGCCACACCAAACGCCAGCCCACUUACGACCCCUGGACGGGGCCCGAGGCGCUGGAAUUGAGUCCGCCAGAGCCAGCCAAAGAAAAGGAGAAGCAAGGCUUCUUCAGAGCAAUAAAGAAAAAGAAGAAGAAAUCUCAGACGGUGGACGCUGGAGAAAGCAGAGGUCCUGUGAUCAAGAAAUCUCUUUUCCCCCUGUUUAACUCAAAGACUAGCUUUACACGUAACUCCUCAGAGAGAGUACUCCCUCUAGUGGCCUCACCCAUGGUCCUGAAUGAAGGUCCAGAUCAGGUGGUGAUGCAAAAGUCCUCCAGGGGGUUCGGUCACCAGGGCAGCAGCCGGCACCGGACGCGCAGCAGAGACCGCGAGAGGAGCCGAGACCGGGAGCAGGACCGAGAGCGAGACAGCGAGUGGCCGGCCGAGAGGAUACCUGAAACCCACACUCAGAACCAGCCACUCAAAUCUCUACGCAAGCUCCUUCAUCUCUCUUCCUCAUCCUCCUCCAACCAACCCACCACCCCAGACCUGCGUUUCCCACACUCCAACCCAGGGUCCUCUAAAGGGGGCAGCUUUGUGGAGUCCCGGGGUCACGUGGGAGGAGGAGGAGGGUCAUCCCAAGCCAAGUCUCGCUCCCAGUAUCCACUCCCAGGUCAGCUAGAGUCUACAUGGCACUCAGCAGCUCUGGCACGGGGUGAAGGAAACCCGUACCCAGACCAGCUGGCCUCCAAAGCAGGACAGAACGGAAUCGGAUUUGGCCGGCCGUCCCGCUCGCGGAUGCCGAACCUCAACGACCUGAAAGAGACUGCUCUUUAGGCCGAGGUGGCAUCAAACCACAGCUCCACCCGAUGGCCUGGAGGAUUAGAGAGUGAGGGAAACUGCUCUUGACCACUAUUUAACUCUUGAAGGGUAGGCCUAAGUAUGUCUUAAUAGUUUUUUUUAUUCUUCCAUAUUUAAUAGAAUUUGUAAUAUUAUUUAUGGGCUGUAUUUUUUGUUAUUGGAUAAAUAUAAUAUGAUUUCAAUGAAAAAAGGUUUUAUGUAAACAUAAGAUGUAUAAAUACAUUAGUAUAGUAUAUUAUUCUCCAAAUAUAUAUAUAUAUAUAUAUAUAUAAUUCUAUAUAAGAUUUGGUUAAGGAUGUCAGGUGGUUUGUGUAUAAUAUAUAUAUAUACAUAUAUUUAUAAACUUAUAUAUUUAAUAUAAGUUUAUAGAAAACUAUAAUUACAACAUAUGCUCCAACUUUGUGUUACGUUUCUAUCUCAACAGUGGAUUUAACAUAGGAGCUAAGAGCCAGAUCUAACAAUACACUCAUUUGUUAAUCAAUAAAAUGCAGCAAAGUUUUUCAAGGCUUUUCAAAGCUUUUCAAAGGACAAGCCACAGUAAAUUUGUGUAAUUCUGACUCAUACCUUCUGCAGUAUUGUGCUGCCACCUGCUGGCUACAGUCGUCUGCUACAUCCACAAAAUACAGAUGCUGUACGUUGACUGUACACAUCAAAAGAUCGCUGCAGUUUCGCAGCUCAUAUGUUUGUAUGUGCAAAGCCAGAUUUCAUUUGUAUAUUCUCAGGUUUAGUGUUAUUUAAACACUGUAAAUACUAUUGUAUUGCAAUAUUUUGAGACCAACACAGGACAAUUUAGUAUUUAAAACUCCAGUUCAUGUUUAGAGCUAUAGUCUUAAUAGUAUGGUUGUUUGGAGAAAGGGUAAGUUCAAUAAUCAGCUUAUCGCAAUAUGUAAAGACAAUAAAAAAUACACUCGCCACAUCACCAAAAUAAUGCAGAUUUUCUUUGGAUAAGGUAAACUGACUUCACUGCAUACUGCUAUUGACUUGAAUGGUAGUAAAUUAAUAGUUACACAAGAUGUCAAAAGCCAAGAAGAUCUGUAAAUAAUUUAGCAUAGAAAUUGUGAAAUAUGCAUCCAGUUAAAAAAGAAAAACACUUAAAGAAGUUUAAAGUAAGAGUAAGCUAGCUAGUUAGCUAAAUUUUGGGUAAUUGCUUCACUGUUGUGAGUAUAUUAGACUUAGCAUUUAUGGCAUUAACACCAGCAUCACACAACACAUCAGGAAUUCCUCAAACACAAGACCCUUCAAAAUCAAUCCUCAGCCUCUUACUGACGAUCCAACACCCUUCACUCUAUCAUGAUUAUAGAGCCUUAACUCCUGCGUUUCUCAGAAUGAAAAAUAAGAACUCUACGCAACGUUGUCUUUAAAGGAAUACUCCAGUGUUUUCAACCUGUAAUCUAUGUAACCUAUAGUACCUGUUUUAGAAAUCACAAGCAGUAGAUGAUGAUUUUUUUCCUCUAUUUGAAAAUCUACAUGUUUAAGCAAAGCAUUCUUACAAGGAAGAAGCUCUGAGUGGCCCUACUGUCUAAGUGUUGGUCCUAUCCCUGGGAGAUGGCAGCUUCACUCAAAAGUGUAACUAGAAUAUCUGUGGCAUUACUAGAAUGACCAGAACUUCUAAUACAAAGGUGGAAGAAACAAAUUCUUCACAGUGGGCAUGAUGGAAUGAUUUGAAUAAAAUGUGCAUUUAGCGUUCUUUUUCUUUUUACACAAAAAGCAUGUAAUUAGAUUUCACCCUUCCAGUGCUGAGAAAACUACUAGCUGUUUUCAUCCAGCUUUUUGUAAAAGUUACAGUACACAUCAAAAGUUUUGACAAACCUUAAAUUCUUCAUUGUACAUUAAUAUUAAAACAGAAGUAAAGUUCUGAAGAGGUAGAGUUGGGACACAGUGAAUAGCUCUAAUGUUCUAAUCCAUAUUAUGGUAAGGACUACUAAACUAAGUAAAAAAAAAAACAAAAAAAAACUUUAAGAAAUGAAGGUCAGUCAAUCUGUUCAUCAUACUUACCAGCCUCAGUACCACAAGUUAACAGCCCUCAGAUAAAAGUCACCUAAAUGCUUCAGUAUUUUGGUUUGUUUCACACUUGUUUCUAUAUGAUUUAUUAUGUGUUCCUUCAUACUUUGAAUGACAUCAGUAUUCAUUUAUAAUGUAGGAAAAAAAUUAAAUGAGAAGGAAUGUCAAAACUUUUGACUGGUACUGUGUGCGCAAUGUAAGAAAUUUUAACAAAAACUAUUGUAGGCAACUUCAGAUGACUAGAUGAUUAGAAACUGCAUUGCAUCAUUCUAUUUUGCAUUGUAUCUAUUUAUCACUCUUUUUUAAAAUAUUUGGUCGAAUUGUGUUUUUUAUUCAAUGCACAUUUUGUAAAUGUGAAUAGAAUUGUAGACAUUUACAAACACAACUUUUAGUACAAAUAGGGCAGAUAGAGCUGAAGUUUGAAAAAGUUGGAGUAGUCCUUUAUUACUGCACUUUAAGUAAACUACGCCAUUCUCAGAUAGAAAAGGUCACGUCUUUUUCCACAACAUGGUAGUGGUGGUCAUUUCCACACUCAGUGUAUAAUAACAGCCAUCACAGUGUGUGUAAAUUACGGUAUUACAGCCUAUCUAGGAGUCUUUUGCAUCAUAUUUGUGAUAAAUGUAUUAUGCAGUCUAUAACUUAAGAGGACAGUCUCUGUAACCUGUAAACUGUAACCCGGGAUAAAAGGCUUUUUUACCGUAGACACUGGGUGGGUGUGUUACACUGAUACCAACAUGUGGCCACAAUCGACUCUGUUCAUAGCAGCUUAUCAGACAAGGAAAGUUAAAAAUAAAGGAUUUGUUUCGUCUGACUGAGACAUGACAUGGUAGCAUAGAUUAUUAAUGUUUCAUCUUUUGUUUUUCACGGGUAAAAAUGCCAAUAAUAAGCAGACGUUUGGUUCUCAAACAGUUUCAUGUUUACACCUGUUAUGGACAGUAAUCUCUCAAUAAACCUUGUGGAAUUUU